AGUACAUAUAAAAAUCAUUGAUAAUCUUAUUAGCAAAUUUUGUCAAUUUCAUUUUACUUUGAUAUAAUUAAUUAAUAUGAAUUAUUUAUUUUGUUUUUCUGUUUUUUUUAUUUCUUAUUUUUUCUUAUCCUUUCCUUUGAAUUUUUGCAUUCAUUAUUCAAAUAAUCGUUCUUAUUCUUCUUUUAUUUUAUAUUUUUUUUUUUUUAUUUCGCAUUUUUAUAAACAGUUUAUAAUUUUUGCUCUUUAUCCGUAUAUACACUAUAAAAAAAGAUGUUUUAUUCGAAAGGUUUAUAUAUUUGAUGUUGAAUAAUACUUAUAUAUCACAAUUCUAUUAUAGAAAUAUUGUAUAUGUUAGCACAUAAAAAAAAUUAGCAAGAAAAUCGAAGUACACAAAUAUAUAAAUUUAGUAGAAGACAAACAGAUACACAGACAUAUAAACUGAAAUCAAGUCGUGAAAUACAUGCGGUCUUAGCGAGUCUCUUCGUAAGCUGGUCGAGCAACUCCAUCUCACGAUUGAGUCAUCCGGCACGGGAAGAGGACCACCUGGUGAGGAGAACUCACGAUGUAUCUACUUAACGAUAUAUGUAGACUGUUUCUCCUCGUGGCUCCUUCCUCCUAUCUCAUCGACUGGAUUUGACUUGCUUGGAUUCGAUCCAACUGAAUUGAAUACGAUGCGACGAUUCAAUUCAACUUGUGUUGUUAUUAUUUUUUUUCCUUCCUUUCAUAUUUCUAUUUCUUUUUUUUUUUUUUUUUGUUUACUAAAUUUUACAUUUUCUUCAUUAUUAAAUAUAUAUAUUUAUCAUUUUAUCAUUCGAAUAAUAUAAAUACAUAUUCAAAUAUUUUCUUUUUCAAUUUUGAUUUUUAGAAAAAAUUAGCUGAAAAUUAAUUUUAUUUCGUUUGUUUCGAAAAUAAAAUCUACGAUUAUUUUUGUUCAUCUUUCGCUUUUGCCAGCCAAUUUCGAUUUGAAAAAAAUUUUCAAAAUUUCGAAUAAACAUCGUAGCAUAAGAAGAAAUGUACGUGUAAGAAUAAUUUAUAUUUUGAUCAUACGAUUCAAAUGAAAAUGUUAAACGUGCGUGACGAUGAAAGAAUCGCAUUUGGUCGCGUGCAAGCAUUGAACGUGUGUACGAACGUAUAACUAGUGACUCGAGUAACAGCAUGCGACAGAGCCAUGAAGCGGUGCCGAAGAGUAUAUAGUUUUUUGCUAAGGGGGAUUUACAGAUUGCACACCUGUGCAUGGCUCAGCCGAGGAAAGACCUCACCUGUCGAGUAACCGGUCUCCAUUGACUUUUUCUUCGUUUACGUACACUCACUUCGUUCUCUGCUCUCCACUCUACUCUCCACUAUCUGCUCUUCACCCUUCUUAUUUCACCUGUCUCGCUAUUUAUUUUUUACUUUUCAAUCUUGAUAUUUAGUUUUUUAUUUUAAAAUCUUUAUUUCCUAUAUAUUUUUUCAUUUUCUAUUUUCUUCUCUAAUUCUCUAAUUAUUGUUAGAUAAUCACAAAUAUUGAUUAUAAUAUAUAUAACUUAUAUAUAUAAUAUAUAUAAACUUAUAAAAAUAUUUAUGUUAUUUUACAAAAAAGUUUACGUAUUUUAAAAAUUUGAUUUAAAAAUUAAAUCAAUAUAUAUGUAUAUAGCAUGUAUAGAGCAUACUGGUAUAUUAUAUGUAAAACAAUUUAUUCUUCGAUCAAAAAUCCUCUUAAAUUCUUAAAAUCAAUCCUAAAAUUUUUAACAUUUUUUUCAUGUUUCGUAUUCAAAUGCAAAUGAAAAUAUUUUUUUAAAUAUUUCAUUUUUUAUAUCGAAAUAACAAAGCGUAUUCUAUUUCAUAUCAUUACGAAAUUAUAUUGAAAAAACAAAAAUAAUAUCAAACUUUAAGGAUUGAUCUUGUUCCCUCGAAAUGAUAUUCUAUUAAUAAAAAAAUUAAUCUAUAUAUAAUCAUUAUAAUUAUCCAUAUAUAUAUAUAUAUUCACAAAAUUACAUAUUCACAAUGUUUUAUAUAAAAUUAGAAUUAUUUUAAUAAUAUAAUUUAUUAAAUUCACUUAAGUUAUACUUGUAUGACUAUAUAAUUAAAUUCAUAUAAAUAUAUAUAAUACUAUUUUCAAUAUUAUCUUAUAGAAUAUAUAAUAUCUUAUAAUAGAUAUUUUACAAUAUAUAUAUAUAUAAUAUGAAUAAUAUGAAAAAAUGAAAGAGUUAAUGUUUUUAAAAUAAUUUAUAUUGAUAAUGAUGUAAAGAAAAUAAAAAAAUUAUUCUGUUGAAAAUCAAUCGUCAAUGAUAUUUAAUAAUUGACGCGAGAAUCGGUAAAAUCGGAAUGACGAUCAAUGAUCGAUGAUCGUACUUGAUUUGAAAAUCCGUGAAACGAUAUUUAACGAUUGAAAUCAUGCGAUUUCAGAGGCAAAUUAUCAGACUGCAGACAAUUACCAGGUGGGGGACCGAUAUAGAGUGGAGCGGUUUGAGAGUUCCGAGAAUCGGUCGUGGCUAAAAAUAAAAUCCCACCCGGGAGCAGUGAUUAUGUUCCAAAAAAAGAGAACUGAGCGAAACGUUCUCUUCAGCGUGUACAGGUGCCGCCAAUAAGACGAAGGCAAAGGGACAAACGAGAAACUGCCGUGUGUUCGAGAAUCUCACAUUGCCCCGCAUAAGAAGAAGAACUCCCUUGUCUCACAUAUUGCUAUGCAGUACCGUGCCGUGCUGUGCCGCUCUGCGCUUCAGCUCCGCUUAAUGAAGUUGUCGGUUCAGAACGUUUACAGACUAUGCAUCGACAACAGAGGAUUCGAUCUUCGUUAUCGUCAUCUUUAUUAUCAUUACCACUCUCGAUGUCUCGAUCAUCCAUCCUACCCGCAACUACAUCAAUAUCGUCUGUGACAACAUCUACAUCAACUUCAACGUUGUCAUCACCGUUGUCAUCCUCAUCCAUCUUUUUACCAUCAUCUGCAACGUGGUCGACAUCCAAUUUAUCGUCGUAUUCUUGGAGUGUACAACAAACAUCGUAUUCGAGGUUACCCUCGUUACCAAGCGAAUUGUCAAUCAUGUCAAUACCCUGUCCAAGACUCGUCUCUGUAUUAGCUUGGUCUGUGACGCUUUUACUUGUUUCAUCGUGCAUUGGUUUAACGGACGCUGGCAUUUUAAAUGGACAUCCUUUGGGUAAAAGAUCCUUUAUUGAUAUUCAAUGUAAGGGUAUAUAUGAUAAAAGUAUCUUUGCCCGGCUGGAUCGAAUCUGCGAGGAUUGUUAUAAUCUGUUUCGAGAACCUCAAUUGCAUCAAUUAUGCAGGAAAAACUGCUUUACAUCAGACUACUUCAAAGGAUGCUUAGACGUAUUGUUAUUACAAGACGAAGUAGAAAAGAUCCAAACAUGGAUCAAGCAACUUCAUGGAGCGGAACCCGGGGUUUAGGCAAGAUUGCUUUGGUACGGAAUAUUUUGCAAGCUGUAUUCAAGCAUUGCUGCUUGAAGAUGAAAAGGAAAAACUUUACGAAAUGGUCGAGUACCUAGGUCGCAAGAAGUAAAAGGAACAGAACACAGAAGCGCUUUCAUCGUGAAGGCUUCCAUUUUUAUGACAUCUACGAUGAAUGAUUUUAAUAAGACCAACGAGAAACUAUAAGAAACAACGAGAAACGAGAAAUUAUAAGAAACAAUUUCUAUAAAAAAAUCAUUGUUACACAGAAUUGUGAAAAAUUACAAUAUUCGUUUAUGGUACUUCUUUUAUGAAGUCCGAAGGAAUACUCUUAAAUUGGGAAUUUGAGGCACGCAAUCAAAUCUUUUCCAUUCUCUUCUAUGAUAUGUCAUAUAGAACAACAAAAAUGAUAUUACCAGAAUAACUAAUAAUAUACACAUACAUUCAUCCGAAAAAAAAAGAAGUAGAAAAAGAGAAAAAGAGAGAGCAACAAAAAAUAUAAAAGAGGAAGAAGGAGGGAGAUAUCUCUCUCUCUCUCUCUCUCUCUAUAUAUAUAUAUAUAUAUAUAUAUAUAUAUAUAUAUAUAUAUAUAUAUAUAUAGAGAGAGAGAGAGAGAGAGAGAGAGAAAGAAGGAAUGAACGAAAAAACGCACGCGAGCGAAAAUAAAAACGAGAGCGAAAGUGAGAGAGAGAAAUAAAAAUAUACAUAAUUGAUAUAAUAUUUAAAAAAAAUUAAAUCUUUAAAAAAAUGAAUUUUAAAAAUAAUUUAAUGCGAUUUUUUUAUUAUAAAAUAAAUAUCUCUAUUCCUAAUAUAAAAUAAUUGUAAAAAUAUAAUUAAAAACAAAUAAAUCCAAUUGAUAUGAUCGUUGAUAUCUUAUUCAUUGAAUUAUUCAUUCUUAUUAUUGUCUUAUUCAUUUCCUUUUUAUUUCUCUCUCUUUUUCUUAAUAUAUUGAGUAUUGAAAUUCAAAUGGAAACGAAGUGGUAUGAGCUAGGUUUGCGUGCUGAUGAACCCAUAUACCAAUCUAGUCGACAAAAUAUUUGCGUUCUUGCGAUAUUUGCGUUUUACUCAAUUAUUCAUAAAUAAUUUACGUUGAAUAUCGUCAUCUAUUAUUAUAACAAUUAUUAUUUUUUAUUUUCUUUUAUAUUGAUAUUUUAAUUCUUAAAAAAUUAUAAUUAUAUAUGUUACUUAUUGCACCGUAUCAUUGCAAUAGUUAAAUUAGAUAAAUAAUUUCUUUAUAUGAGAAUUUCAAUUAAAAUUCAAUUAAAAUUCUUGAUUUUAUUUUAUAUACUAUUUUUAUACACAGAAAAAGAAAAUAAUUUGGUUACAGAUUUCAAAAUUCAAAUAGAUUUCAAUUGAUUAUCAAAAUUUUUACAUGAUUGAAAUGUAACAUAAUUUAACACAAUUAUGAAAGAUUAUAGAUCAAAUUAUCAUCAUCAUCAUCAUCAUCAUCAUUAUCAUCAUUAUCAUCAUCAUCACUAUUAUUAUUACUAUUACUAUUACUAUUAUUAUUAUUAUUACUAUUAUUAUUGUUAUUAUUAUUAUUAUUAUCACCAUCAUUAUCAUUAUCAUUGUUGUUGUUAUUAUUUUUAUUAUUAUUAUCAUCAUCAUUAUUAUUACUGUUAUUAUUAUUACUAUUGCUAUUACUAUUACUAUUACUAUUAUUAUUACCAUUACUAUUAUUAUUAUCAUCAUCAUUAUCACCAUCACGAUUAUCAUCAUGAUCAUCAUCAGUAUCAUAAUUAUCAUUAUUGUCAUAUCGUCAUCAUUAUCAUCAUUAUUAUCAUUAUUAUUAUUGUUGUUGUUAUUAUUGUUAUUGUUAUCAUCAUCAUCAUCGUCAUCAUCAAUUUCAUUAUUGUCAUCAUCAUCAUCAUCAUCAUCAUCAUCAUUAUCAUCGUAAUUAUUAUUAUUAUCAUUAUUAGUGUUACUAUAAUUAGUAUUACCAUGCCAAUAUAAUUUACAGUAUUUCUACUAUUAUAUACUGUUGCUAUAUUAAUACUACUGUUGCUACUGCUAUUCCUGCUAUUGAAUCAUCAAUAAUACUACCUCCAAUAAUUCUACUAUCGCUGUUAUUACUAUCCUUGCUAAUUGCAAAUAAAAUUACAUAUGUUGUGCCAUCAUAACUAUUCUUUUUUACAUUAUUUUCUAUAUUAUUACUAUCAUUACUACUAAUAUCAUAUAAUACUAUUGUCAUUAUUGUCAUUAUUAUAACAACAAAAACAAUAAAACUAUGCAACAAUUAUUAUUAUAAAGAUUGUUACUAUUUUUCUCAAUAAUGAUUAUUGUUGCUAUUGCUAUUGCUAUAUUUAUUACUAUUACUAUUACUACAACUAUUAUUACACUUACUAUUAUUAUUAUUAUUACUAAUAUUAUUAUUCCUAUUAACUUAUUGUUAUUGCUACAAUUAUUAUAUUUCUAUUGAUAUUUUUUAAUAUAGAUAUUAUAUUAGAUUAUUUUACAUUAUAUUGUAUUGUUAUUAUAGCAUACUUAUUGUUAUUUAAUUAUUAUAUUAUAAUAUAUUGCUAUGAUAGUAUCACAAUUUCAAUUUUUCUUUCGAUAAUUGGUUCGAAGAAAGAGAAUUGAUGAAUAUAAUUAGUUAAGGAAAUUAUGUGAAUACUUGAUCAUUCAUGAAUCGAAUGAUGAACGGAAUCAUGCAUAUGGUAAACAUAUAAUAUUUAUUUAUUUGUUCACUUUUUUAUAGUUUGACGAAAGCGAUUGUAAAGCGGUCAUAAAACUUAUGCAACAAUGUUCUUCGAAAUCUAUAAGAAAAGCUAUUAUCGAAAUUUAUAAGUUUACAGUUCGAUAGAUGAUCUCUGACUAUCAAGCAAAAGUUGUAAAUGGACAUAUAGAAAUUCCAUUAACAUUAUUGAAUAUUAUUUAUCUUCUUAAUGCUCAUUCCUGAGCGUUGAGAAUUACGAACCAUUCCAAAAUCAGUAUUGAAAUCAUUCCGAUGCCGUUUCAAAAUGUCCAUUACCGACAUGUAUUCGUUUCUACCUCGUAAUAACUAUUUUUUAAAAUCACUUACAUAUAUUGUACAUACAUUUAACAUCUGACAAAAUUGAUAUUCAAUGAAAGAAAAAGAAGAAAGUAGAAAAAGGAUUCUGAUUAUAUAUAUAUAUAUAUAAAACAAAUAUAAAACAAUAAUAUAUAUAUUAUUGUUUUAUAUUUGUUGUGUGUAUAUGUGUUGUGUUGUCGCCGUCGUCGUCGUCAUCGCGUAUGUGUGUGUGUGUGUGUGUGUGUGUGUAUCAAUUCUUUAUUUUACAAUAUAUAUUUCACAUAUAUCUAUUAAAGUGACUCUAUUUGACCAAAUGCGUAGGUAGAAACGAAAAAAAAUUGGUUUAAUAUGCAUAUAUUAUUCGAUUUCAUUAAAUUCUUGUAUGCUCUCUCUCUUUCUCUUUUUUCUUUUUUUCUUUAACUUUCUUAUAUCGCUUAUUUGUUACAUCAAUGAUAAUUCAAAAAUUACAAUUUUUAUGAAUUUUAAAAAAUUUUUAAUUUUUAUAAAAAUAUAAGAUUAUCAUAUUAAAAAAUUAGUUGUAAAUUUCAAACUUGAAAAUUUAUUAUAAAGAUUAAAAUUUACGAAUAAAAAUUAUAAGCGAUAAAGAGUUUUUUUAUAUUAAUAUUUUAAAAACUACAAUAAUUAAAAAAAUACAAAAUAAAUUUUGUAUUAUAUCACUAUUGUAAUGAAUAAGCGAUAUAUAUAUUACAUUUUAUAUAAUAUAUAUAAUAUAUAAUGUAUAAUAUAUAUAGUAUAUGUACAUGUACAUAUAUAUAUGUACAUUAUACACGCACUUCACAUUCAUAUGCAUAUAAUAUACAUAUAAAGAUAUAUAUAUGCAUAAAAAACUGCAACACAUAUUCUAUGUAUCCUAAGUGAUGUGUGUGUCUAUACAUAUAUAACGUGUGCGUAUAUGCAAACAAUUAACAUGAAUAUUUAAAUCUAUUUUUAUUUGGCGCGAAUAAAAAUGAUUCAAAAAUGAA